GAGAGAUACAAUUCAUCCAUGAGCCUUUUAAAUGUACAAGUACAUUAUUAUACAGAACAAGUUCCAGUAGAAGUUUUCUUUAGAUAUUUCACUCAAAUCAGAAUUUUAUGAUCAUGGGUUCCCUAGCUUCAAAGGUUCAUGCAGUGAUCCUCUGGGUUCUCAUCGCCUUGACACUCUUUUCAACUUCAUAUGCAGGAAGGCACGAAGAGUUUAUGGGUAAGAUGGAAGUUAAACCAUGUGACAACCUUGAGGAAAUGGUGAAGAAGUCAUUCCAUAAUGAGAAAAUUAGUGUGGCAAAGCCAAGAAUGCUUGGAGUGAACACCAAUGACUACAAUACCUAUGAUCCCGCACCCGCCCUAGUGAAGCCCCCAUUCAAGCUCAUCCCCAACUAGCAUGCUCAAUCAAACCAUGCCUAGGUUUGGUAGUGAAAUUAUAAGAAUGCAAAUACGUGAUGUGAAGUAUAUAUACCUCUCUCUCUCCCUCUCUCCAUAUGAAUAUAAGUAUGCAUGUAAGAACAACCAUAUGGUAGAGCAUUAUAUGUAUGCCUUGUCAGCUUUCCUCA